AGCCCCACGCCCCACUCCGCGUUCACACAACUGCUUCCUCCACUCGCCAUGGAAGCCCCCUUCGCGAGCUCACGCGCCUCCACGAUCUAGUGCAGCAGCUCCACUCCGGCGUUCUCGGCGCCGCCGAGGCUGCAGGUUCUGCACACUCGGGUCUGCUUCCCGUGGGGUACGACCAGAUAAGGGCGCGGCAUGGGGAGGAAGCCUGAUCCGGCGAAGCCACACUCCGGUGUGGGCUCCGCCUCGCCGAAGGCGGCGAGGAGGGCGCCGCCUUCACCAUUAUUCCUCGGCACGGCUCUAUUCGUUCUAGGCUUCGUAUCGCUCUUCACCGGGCACAUCGUCACCGACGCCGACUGGUCGCGGAUCCGGAGCCGGUGGCGGUCCAAUCAGGUUAGAAAUAAUGGACCCAUUGAUAUUUGGAAAUCAAGGUAUUCCAACUUGUACUACGGAUGCAGUGGGAGGAGCCCAGAGUUAAGAGCUGCCGUGCCGGAGAACAGUUCUACCGGUUACUUGCUCAUUGGAACUAGCGGGGGCCUAAACCAACAGCGCAUAGGGAUAAUAGAUGCUGUUGUUGUUGCCCGGAUUUUGAAUGCCACACUUGUUGUACCUGAGUUAGACCACCACUCAUUCUGGAAGGAUGACAGUGACUUCUCCGACAUUUUUGAUGCGGACUGGUUCAUUUCAUACCUGUCAAAGGAUGUAACUGUUGUUAAAAGGAUCCCUUAUGAAGUGAUGACAUCAAUGGAUAAACUCCCAUGGACUAUGCGUGCACCUAGAAAGUCCAUGCCUGAGUUUUACAUUGAUGAAGUUUUGCCUAUUCUGAUGCGAAGGCGAGCUUUGCAACUAACUAAGUUUGAUUAUCGGCUCACCGGUGAGCUUGAUGAAGAAUUGCAGAAGUUACGGUGUCGAGUAAACUUUCAUGCGUUAAGAUUUACACGAUCCAUACAAAGUCUGGGUAGAAAGUUGGUGCGGAGGCUGAGAACCAUGAGCUCACGAUAUGUCGCCAUUCACUUGAGGUUUGAACCUGACAUGCUUGCAUUUUCUGGCUGCUACUACGGUGGUGGUGAAAAAGAAAGAAAGGAACUCGCUGAAAUCAGGAAACGAUGGGAUACAUUACCUCAGGACCUGAGUGCUGAGGAUGAGCGCACUAGGGGAAAAUGUCCAUUAACUCCACAUGAAAUUGGUUUACUGCUGCGAGCUCUUGGUUUUGGCAAUGAAACUUACCUGUAUGUUGCUUCUGGAGAAAUAUAUGGCGGAGAAGAAACUCUCCGACCUCUGCGGGAACUCUUUCCAAACUUCUACACCAAGGAGAUGCUUGUUGGGGAUGAUUUGAAACCAUUCCUUCCUUUUUCUUCACGAUUGGCUGCAGUUGACUUCAUUGUCUGUGAUGAGAGUGAUGUUUUUGUUACAAAUAAUAACGGAAACAUGGCCAAGGUAUUAGCUGGCCGCAGGCGAUACAUGGGCCACAAGAGAACUAUUCGCCCAAACACGAAAAAGCUCAAUGUAUUAUUUCAGGCACGGAAUCAAAUGGGUUGGGAUAUAUUUUCACGGAAGGUAAAGAAAAUCCAGAGGGGCCUUAUGGGGGAACCCGAUGAUGCCAGACAUGGACGAGAUGAUUUCCAUGAAAUGCCAUCAUCUUGUAUCUGUCAAAGAGUACCAGCGAACAGAUCAGUAACGGUACAAACUGAUAAGUUGGCAGCCCAAGUGAGGUAGAAAACGAGAAUUCUGGGAGAUUCAUUGAGCCUGGCGUUGAUGCAUUGGGAAAGUACAUAUUUGCUAAGUUCAAAAUUAUAUUUGGACCAAAUGAAACAGAUGCUGGCGGCAAAGAGAACUCAUUACGCCAGCUCGUGCUAUCCUGGUGGUUCACUGUGCUACAAACAAUUCAGACUCACAGCUCCAGUUUGAUUCCCUAGUUUAAUUAAAUCAAAGAAACUACCACGGUAAGGUGUCACUAACUCAAGACACAUGACCUGUAAUUGUGAUCUAUACACGAUAACAUGAAUGACCCAUUAGAUAGUGUGCUGUUAACAAUGUCCGAUGCAAGACUUUUGCACCU